AAAUUUUUUCCAUUUGGGGGGGUGGGGUGCAUUUUAGCGGAUCCUUCACAACGAUCUGAACUCUGGAGUAAGAGCAAACAUGCGAUGGACAUUGAAAUGGAAAGUCAAAGUCAGAUAAAAUGUGUUAUCAAAGAGUACACGCAGUCCAAAUCGUUAGGUUGUUAUCAUUAUAUAAAACGGGCGGCCGGUGGCCAUUGGGUCAGUAGAACGCGAUGGAGCUGCAGUGCGAGGUGCAGACAUACGAGUGGGGCAAAUUGGGCCUCGACAGUAAAGUGGCUGUUCUUCACAAGUUGUCGAAUCCGACCUUCGAAGUCGGUGAAGAUACGCCGUAUGCGGAACUGUGGAUGGGUACGCACCGCAACGCGCCCUCAAGGGUAAAGGAGACGGGUGAACUACUGUCCGCGGUCAUCGAGACCAAACCGGAGUACCUGGGAGAGCCGGUGCGCCUAAUGUUCGGGAAUGAGCUGCCGUUUUUGCUCAAGAUACUCUCCAUAAACAAGGCGCUUUCGAUUCAAGCUCACCCGUCCAAGGAGAUCGCGAGGGAGCUGCACAAGUCCAACCCGGAGGUGUACAAGAAUCCCAAUCACAAGCCGGAAUUCGCGAUCGCACUGACACCGUUCGAGGCCCUUUGCGGCUUCCGCCCGAUUGCCGAAAUUAAAGAGUUCAUGAAAAACAUCCGGGAGCUCCGCGCGAUUGUCGGUGUCGAUAUAUCUGAGAAGUUCAUUCUUAGCGACGCCGCAAACGAGAAGGACAUGCUAAAGACGUGCUUUCGCAGUUUAAUGCUGUGCCCGCAAGACGUCGUUAGCGCCCAGCUAAAGCAGCUACUGUUUAAGUUUUCCGGCCGCGAUGAAAAGACGCGCGAGGAGCAGAUGGCGCCACUCCUCGAACGUUUAUACUCGCAAUUCCCCGACGAUAUUGGCUGUUUCGUCGUGUACUUCCUCAAUUACGUUGUGCUACAGCCGAACGAGGCGAUUUACUUGGGCGCGAACGAGCCCCACGCCUAUCUUUCCGGCGAUUGCGUCGAGUGCAUGGCCUGCUCAGAUAACAUCGUACGUGCCGGGCUCACGCCGAAGUACAAGGACGUCGAGACCUUGUGUCGCAUACUGACCUACCAGACGAAGCCGGCCCGUGAGCAGCUGCUACGUCCGACCGUCGAGGACGCCUACUGUCAGGCGUUCAAACCUCCCGUUCCCGAUUUCGCGGUGAUCAAAAUUGAGGUACCCGCCGCCGUCGGCGAUUACACCUUGAAACCCAGGCAGUCUGCGAGCGUGCUGAUCGUAAUCGGCGGCGGGGGACGAAUGGGUUCGACGCGUCUCAAGGCCGGCACCGUCGUGUUUAUACCUGCGAAUGAGAAGUACGAAAUCGUCGACAUUACUCAAGACAUCCUCAUGUUUCAGGCGAUGGCGAACGUUGACAUGUUUUAAUUUAUUUUAAUUUAGUGACUAGUGCAGGGCUCUAUAAGGUACAGAUUGUCUUAAUCUAAAUCACAUAAAAUAUAUCUGUAGUAUUAACA